AUGAGUAAUAUUUAUAAAGGGACUUAGCUUUUUUAUAGAAGAAUGCUUAAAACUAUGAUGAAAACUUUUAAUGGGGAUCCAGAAAUGUUUCAUAGAGUAAGAAUUGAAUGUCGAAAUAAAAUAAAAGAAAAUGCAAAUGAGACUGAUUAAAUCAAAAUAUAAAAUCAUAUAUUUUUUGGAGAAGAAGCUCGAGAAUUCUUAGAAAAUCAUUUGAUAUCAGGAAAAUUAAUGCCAAAUGGAAGAUAUCGAUUUAAAGCUUAACCUUAACAUAGUAUGAAUGAUCCAAUAAAGUAAUGA